UCUGUUUUAUUUUAAUUAUCUUUAUUAAUAUUGUUAUCUGUUGCAAUUUGGUUGUACACAUGAAGUAAAUAGUGCCCACUGUUUGUAUUUGUGUUUUACCACUGUUCGUUUUGGUUAUAAAAAUGCGAAAAAGCGCUAAGUAGGCAUUAAGCUUCUAUUGUUUUUUUUUUAGUUUUGGCGGGUUAAAUUUGUGCAAAAUUAAGUUUUUAGUGAGUUUAUUAUAUUUGUGUUAGAAAUUUGUUUAAAAAUGGAAGAUGCUCCUAUGGAGGUGGAGGACCAUGACUAUUUAUAUGUGCGCACUCUGGAUGAUGUUAAAGGCAUCAUUAAACAUGCCAAAUUGGAUGAACGUAAUCUAACCCAGGUGACGCAGGCCCUUUACUAUCCCUCGGCCGAUAUAGUUAGUGAUAAUUUGAAACUCCUGGAACUAGAUGACCAUAUGUUGGGUCAAAUACGCGAUGGCCAAGUUUUGUACUUUAAAGGUGGCCUUAAUGAAAAAGUGGUCUUAUGUACAGAUGAGAAAACUUACGAUGUCAAGACUGCGGAAAUCUCCAAUAGUUUGUUACUAGUGCCGGAUUUAAAAUUUGGUGCCGCCACCAGCACUUCGCCCUUAAAGAGUCCGCGUACGGCUAAUAACACUUCGCUGGAAAGAAGUCUAAAUGAAAGUGCCGACGAUGAUUUGGAAAUAGAACGCAAACUGGAGCAGCGCAAAAUUUUGAAAAUUUUCCAUGAAUAUUUUGAAUGUCGUGAGAUUAAACCGAGAUUUCGUAAAAUGGGUGAUUUACUGCAAUUGACCCGUUACUCAGGGCCCGAAAAUGAAGAAUGUAUAGACCGCAAAUUGUUAUUUUCCUUUGAGCAAUUGCUGGACACAGUGCAAUGCAGUCGUAAAGAAUUUAUCGAAGGUUUAAGAUUAUACCGUGCCAUCGAGUAUGAAGGUUGGAUGCGUGUUUUAGAGUGUGAAUAUGAAUACCGCAUAGUUAACCUAAUGGUGGGUUUAAUAGCCGAAAACUCUUGGCCUCUAGAUGAGGUGGAGAGAGAAGAAACUAUUACAGCUUUAGAUGGCAUAGCGCCCAAGCAAAUAGUGGAAGGUUUAUUUGAUUUAUAUACCACAGAAUCAAAAGGUAAAGAUAAUCGUUUUACCUAUAACGAGGAGCUAGUGGCGCGUAUAGUGGCUCAAAAUAUCCUACAGCCUGGUUUAAAAUUUAGAGUAGAUGAGUUUCUAAGUACCUGGCAGGAAGCUUUACCCGAGGGCAUGAAAUGUGAGGAAAAAUAUCUAAAAGGUUUGGGUAUUUUUGAUAAAGAAGGCGGCACUCCCUGUGUAAGAUCUUUAGCGGAGGAGAAUCUACCUUUAAAUAUCCAUGAUCGCAUGCGUUUGUUGUUUAAAACUAAAGCUAAAUGGACCUUAGAUGAAAUUGAACCAUAUAUAGAAUGCUUCACUACUCCUGUUUUAUCGGUUUCCUCUUUAAUGGCCAAACAGGCUAGAUCUUUAAUGGAGAAUGGUGUACGUUAUUAUGUAGCUAAACAUUAAGAGGGGUAUCUAUUAAAAGAAAGACAUUUAAAAACUCUAAACAAAAUUUCUGCCACAAACUUGAACUUACUUGAAACUAAAGCCUCUGGGGAAGAUUGGUCUGGAUAGCAAAGACUUCAAUUCCGCUCUAACAGCAUCCAAUUGUACGCGAUUACGUCUUUUUUCUAUGAUAAAAGGAUCCUCAUCCUGAUCACUGCCCCUGCAACAACAAAAACAACAACAUUUAUAAAAUAAAAAGAAUCAAAAAGAAAAAA